GUUGCGGCACUAAAUUUGGAAAGGAGCUGUUGGGGACCUCACAUGGCUUUUGGAAGACCUCGCGCUCUCGUCUGGAGGUGAGCAGCUGCCGUGCCUGAGGUGGUGAAAAAGUUGGAAGAUUCAUCCCACUCUCCCACUCAGAUCAGGAAGUAAGCUCUCAGAUACUGCUCCAGCACUAUGCCUGCCUGCCUGCCUGUCACUAUACUCCUCACCUUGAUGGUCAUGGACUAAGCCUCUGAAACUUAGACCAUCUUUGAGAGGGAGGAGGCUGCUGCACUCUUAAGUCCUUCAUGGACCUGCAACUCAGGAUUCUCCAUUUCACCAGCAUUGAACCACACAGAAGGUUCACAAAGAUGGAUACAAAGAACCCAAAGUCACUGUUGGAUCUCGCUAUACAGAGUCUGCUGAGAAAUGAGUUUGUGGCAAUCCAAGCUCUGGAGGAUAUGCCAAGACUCUUUUUUGUUCCACUGUUCAUUGCUGCCUUCGAGGGUGGGCAUAAGAAUUUAUUGAGUGAGAUGGUGAAAGUGUGGCCCUAUUACUGUCUCCACAUUGGGUCAUUAACUGUACAGGAUCCUCAACAUGAACUCCUGAAAGCCAUGAUUGAGAAUCUUCCAGUGCGUCCUUCAAUGAACUCUGCUUCUAGGAGACCUAAACUGAGGAUCCUAGAUUUAAGGCAAGACAACGACUGUAGGACCACAUGCCAUGAAGUCAGCAUCAAGGAACCUUUCUGUUUUCAUUCUUGUGCUUAUUCUGACAGCUCUAUCCUGAAAAUAGAAGGGCAGCUUGGUUUUGUAAAUCCAGAGUCCAUGGUUCAGUUCCCCAGGCCUGUAGAGUUACUAGUGGAUCUUUCCCUAGAUGGCUCCUUAGUGGAAAAGGAAUUUUUGGUUUUUCUUACAAGUAAAAUUAGGGAGAGUUCAGGGUCUUUGCACAUAUGCUGUCGAGAUUUGCAAGUUGAUAAACUGUGUGACAGCAAAUGCACACUGAGACUUCUUGAUCUCAACUGUGUUGAUCAGUUGUCAAUUGAUAAGGGUUCGCUGAGUGAUAUCACCAAUGUCCUGUCUCAGAUGGACCACCUAGAGAGCCUCAGUUUGUCUAAAGUCACUUUUAGAUCUCUGAGUGGGAAAGUCUUUAAAAAUUUCCUCGGUCACUUGCAACGUAUGAACAACCUUAAGAAAGUCAGCUUGUCUUCAUUCUGUCUCACGGGUCAUCUGGACAGAGUGCUCAGAGUCCUGCCACCUCGUCUGAAUUUCUUGUAUCUGACAUUCUGUGAUCUUUCGCACAGAGACUUCAGAUUUCUGGCCCAGAGCCCUCAGGUCUCCCGCCUAAAACUAUUGAAUCUUAGCAACAACCCAAUGUAUUGGGAUGACUUUGAGCCUUUUCAAACUCUUCUGGUAAAUCUCUCUGGUACUCUUCGGCAUCUAGAGAUAAAUCAUUGCCUUAUAAAUGAUACUGCAAUCUCUGUUCUUAUCCCUGCUCUGAUUCGUUGUACUCAUCUCCGUGUUCUGUGCUUUGCUUCUAACCCCAUCACAAUGCCUAUGCUUGUGACUAUCAUGAAUAAUUUAACACCCUUGAAGAAUCUAAAAUAUGUGAUUUAUCCCAUCCCUGUACAUUGCUAUGAACUAUGGCAUUUUCAGGGCAGUUUAGACCGAAGGAAGCUUGCUAUUGUACAACUACAGUUGAAGGUGAUGCUAGAGCUUGCAGAGAGAGCUGACAUGAACUGGAUCACUUACUUAGAAUAAAUAUCACAGUCCAACACAGUUUCAACCCGAUAUGUACUAUUUAAGUACUAAAUGUUAUUUCCUGGACACACACACACACACACA